GCGGGGCGGGGAGGCCCCGCGAGUUGGGUCGCCCACACUCCCACGGCGGCCGCAGCAGGAACUGAAACCGAGAGCGGCCGCAGCCCGGCGCGCACCAGCGGAGCGCGGAGCCUCGGACGCGCGGAUCUGCCCCUCCCUCCAGGUGCGGACCCCCUGGCCGCGAUGACCAGCCUCCUGACCACGCCUUCUCCUGGAGAAGAGCUGAUGACCACCCCAAUGCUUCAGGCCACUGAAACCCUGUCUCCAGAAGUGGAAGAAGCCAGCACUGCACUCAUUGCAGUUGUUAUCACCGUGGUCUUCCUCACCCUGCUCUCGGUCGUGGUCUUGAUCUUCUUUUACCUGUACAAGAACAAAGGCACCUACGUGACAUAUGAACCUGCGGAGGGCGAGCCCAGCGCCAUCCUCCAGAUGGAGACUGACUCAGCCAAGAGCAGAGAAAAGGAAGAGUAUUUCAUCUAACAGCUCCCAGACCCCAAGGAGCGAAUUCCUGGCUCCAGCACUCACACUAUUUAAUGUACUAGGUAAAAAUUGUAUUAGAAGCCAGUGAAUGUGGGCAAAUCCAAGGUCCUUGUAGGACAGAGACCCAAAUGCCAGCAUCACUGACUCCUGGGACCCAGGAUGUGGAAAAGGCUGCUUAUGAUGCCAUUAACCAGGCCUUUGUAAUAGUGCUGGUAUUUGUGACUAGCCAGCAAAGGAAUAGUUGAGUAUGUGCCUUCUUCAGGUUGAAAGGGGAGGGAGAGUGAGCUUGUGGCUUGAUCUACUCUGUCCCCUCCUGGUCACCUAUGCUAUCCCCAAGGAAGCCAUCCAUAGUUCUCCCCUAGAGGCUGGAUAUCACACUAAAAGGCCAAGCCAGCAAGGAGAGGACACUGGGGAUCUUACCUCCUGAUAAUGUGCUACAUUCCUUAAUCUGAGCCCUUCUUUCCAUAUUCCCCAACAACCUCAUGCUAUUUUUUAUCUGAAUUAAACGUUUUCAUUGAUGCA